AUGGAUCAGGAGGCAGAACAGAGCAGAAGAGGCAACGUGGAUAGCAACGGCAAUCAUGCCUACCCGAGCCACUAUGUAAGUUCAAGUAAAUAUAUUAACGGACCUUUGUACAAAAAAAGCAAAGAUGUCUCAAUGCAAAAUGGUAACGUCAAUGGAUUCAUCAUGGGGGGGCCAGGUGCACCCAUUGAAUAUCAGCCCUCAACAGUUAGAGCCGCGCGCUUUGGUGAAGAAGAUGGGUACUUCGAUCAGAACGAGUGCAAGGGGGGCAUCCCCAACGGGGAUGGUAUCCUCCAUAUGAAUGGCUCCAUCAACGGGGGCGGCAGCAUCAACGGCAAUGGCCUCAUCAAUGGGAAUGGCCACCUCAACGGGAGCAACGCUAAUCAUCUGCUCUACAGCUACCCAAGUGACCUUGGCACGAUGAUGCCCGCAUUUUCCAGUCACCACGUAAAUGGAAAUAUAGACCUAUGCCACAAGGAAAGUGAAGGCGGAGCUGAAGUCACUGAGAAUCUCAUUGGCUCCGUCAACAGUAUUAAUGAGAGUAUGCAUCCACACGAACAGUAUGACCAGUUUUGCGGCGUACAAGAAGGAGGAUAUCCUGGAUCCCCUUUUGAUGGGUGCGAUAAGCCGAUUCCGGAAAAUUUAGACGUGGGCUUCAUCAGUUCAAUGAAAAGUUCAGGGAAGAUCCACUUUGGAAAUGGCAACAUUGAGGAGGCAGAUGAGCCAAGUCAAGACUGCUACCCAUCCCAGAGUAACGGCACGAAUGCACCUGGCUGCAGCGGACAAGUAACAAAUGGGUACAGUGAAAAUAAGAGAUUUUCCAAUAAAACGGACGGUAUAGUUCAGAUGAAGAAGAAAAAAAAUGUUACCUUUACGAUCCAGAACGACGUGUUUAGCAUCCCCCCGGGGUUGAACGAGGCCGACUCGUUUGGCUAUUACGCGAAUGGUGUUAUGGCGAGCGAUGUGAGCGAUAUUAGCCGUGUUAGUCGUGUUAGCCGCCUUAGCGGCAUGCCAAACGGUGACUGCGUCGCGGGGGAAGAGAAGCACACCCCCGAUGAAAGUACAAAAAUGAAGAAGACACACGGGAGUGCCUACGGCACCAUAAACGAGAAGGACGCAACGAAUGAUGUCUAUAACUUCAUCACACUAAAGAAAAAUAACCAUAGCUACCACCCGAACAGCAUUAACAAUAAUUACAUAGAAUACGACAUCAACAAUAACGGGCCUUUCUUCCCGAGUAUGUCAACCGGAUUGAAGAGUGGCUCAACGAUGAGCAGCACCUUCGGUGCGAAUGAGGGGGGCGGCGUUAGGGCAAACGCGGACCAUCAUGCUCAGGCCGAGGGGGACAUUUCUUCGACGAGUUGUCAGGCCAUGCAGCACGGGACGUACAGCACCGGUCCGCACGAUUGGGUAUAUAAACAGGGCGAUCAAAGAGAAAAUCAGCCCGGAAUUGUACCAAAUGUAGUUAGCGCCAGAGUGGUCAACGGAGACGUGCCCGGCGAAGCCCCCAUCAGUGACAACCCAGUGAGCGAGCAGGAGGCAAAACCAGGGGGUGGAGGGGCCACCUUUUUCGUCGAAGAAGUACCAAACGCGAGCGACACAACAGCCAACGUCAACGCGAUGUACGAUAGUAGCAGUUACAACUGCAGUGAGGCAAAGUGGAAGGGUCUUCCAUUCAGUGGUGGAUCCAUGAAUAAUAGAGGUGCGAAUCGAAUGCCAGGACGAGGAGGUGUUCUAAAUAAGAACGACAAAAGCGCCACCAUAAACGGAAAGGUAAAACAGACCAAAGAACGACAUAAAGGAAGUGGCCGUCCGAAGAGCGUAAGCUUUAGCAAAAAACUGGUUUCCAACAAGAGUAAUCAAGAGAAGAAGAAAUUGUCCAAGUACCCUUCCAAUAGUGUGAAUCGAUCCGGCGGGGAUAAUCAACCACACAGGUUUGGAGAGACCCAUCCGCAUACGCUCAGUGCGAACAUGCUUCCGCAGGAUGGUCCACUCAAGCAUGGAGUUCACACGGGCCAUAUGGGCGGCGUGAGCGAUGUCAGCGGCAUGAACGACAUUCGCGGCAUGAGUGACGUCUCCCAAAGCGCAAACGAAAUGGUACACGUGCAAAGGCAGUUCGUGAUGAGGUACCUCAGUGACGUGGAGAAGAUAUAUCAAAUAAGGGAGAGGAUCAGGCAGCACGAAAAGAGAGUUAAUAAAAACAGGGCGAAAAUCAGAGCACGAAGACAAGCCGAAAGCGCGGGAAGCGCGGCAGGCGCAGCCGCAGCAGCAGGAGGAAUAAGUUGGGAUAGCUCCAACAGCCUGACGCUGUGUCGUCUGAACACCCAGGUCGACCUUUACAUCGAUUUUGUUGAAAGGCGGGAGUACAGAAGCGACUUAGAGGCUCAAUUGCGGAGGUGGGAUGGCGGUCCGGCAGAGAAGCACGACGGAAAGGAGCCCAUCUCCCAAGGGCGAAGUAAUGUAAGGCAAGAUGGCGAAGAAGAUAGUAGGGAACAGCAUAGUAAGGAAAAAUCUACCGAGGAGCAACCUAGUGACAGAAAAGUAAAUGAUAGAAGACGGAGCGAUGGGCCACCCCGUGCGCACAGUAGAGUCCACCUCCAGUCGAGAUUUAUACAGUCCCUGCUGAGGAAGAAAUCCAACCUAUAUUGCAGCUCCCCAGGAGAAGUGGAACGAAUCCAUUGUGAGAGCUUUUACUUCCAGCAUGCGUUGAAGCAGGUCAACUAUCUGUGCAAUUUGCUCGUCUAUAUGCACUUCAUUCUUUUGAAGUAUGUGUCUAUUUUCUCCCUCUCCGAGUGGAACGCUCUGCUGUUUCGCGAUAUCGAUUUGUUUAACUGCGGGAGCUGGGGGCGCUCCCCCGGGGAAGCGGCGGAAGUGACACAAGCCGCAGAUCCGAUCAGCGAAGUGAAGGGUGAUGUGGAAAAGGCCCUAGAUGCGACGAACGAAGUGACACAAGCCACAGAUCCGAUGAACGAAGUGACACAAGCCACAGAUCCGAUGAACGAAGUGACACAAGACGCAGAUCCGAUGAACGAAGUGACAGAAACAGCAGAUUCGAUGAACGACGCCCUUCCGCUUGGCAAACCGGGGGCAGGAGAGUCCCAGGUAUACGCGGGGGACAUGGAAAAUGAAAAGAGCACAAAGGGGGGGGAUGUACCUCAAAGUGACGGUGUUACUGAGAAUCCGGGUGAGACUCCCCUAGACGCAGAGACGAUGGAGAAGCUGAACCCGCUGAUCAUCAAUAAGGAAAACACGAUUGAUAUAAACUACUACGAGUAUGUGAUCGAACCCUUCGAUUUUUACUUCUACGAAAAUGUGUACAAUGAGAUAUGCGCCUACGUGCAGAUGGUUAGGAGUAACGGUGAGACCAGCGGUGGGGCUGCCUCCAACGCGACGGCGCAGCUGCUGAAAACGCUGCCCUACCAGUACCAUGAGUUCGUGGAAAUCCUAAAUAAAGAAAUCAUGAACGUCAGGGAUCUGAUAUAUCGAAACAGAUACAUCCGAUACAUGUUCUAUUACAUUUAUCGAAACAACAGUGACAACCUUCUCGACUCAGUAAAUCAUAUUUUCAACAUGGAGAAGAAGAAACUUCAGCUAUAUAAAUUGCAGGUUAAGUUAAGGUACAACAUAUUUUUGUCUCGUUUUUUUGAGCAUGGCUACAUGGUUGUGAAUUGUCCUGGUGAGGAGAAGAUGGAUGAGUCGUCUGAGUCGUGUGGAGUGAACUUCAUCGAAGCGAAGCAGAAGUUGUUUACGUGUCUGUUUGAGCAGUAUAGGGAAUAUUACCGUGCGUAUCAGGCGAGGGUGCAACGGCUUCGGGAGGAUACACGGAAGGUGUUUGGCAUCCCCGAGGAGCGGUUCCCCUACGUGAGGAAGAAAAUCAACUUUUACUCGGAGCACUUCGAGGAGUUGAAGCGACGCUUCGCUCUUCGCCUGGGGGAGGCGCCAGAAGCGGUGGAAGCGGUGGAAGCUGCGGACGGGGUGGAAACGGUGGAAGGAGGGGAAGCGGCAAAAGAGGCAGAAGCGGCGCAGGCGGCGAACAGGGCUGCUGCGAAUGGAACGAACAUGACCGAACCUCACGAGCGGGAGAAACUCACCUUCGACGUGUCGUACGACUACGUGGAAUAUAUGUUCAAUAAGAACUACGCGCUGAUCAUAAACAGCGAAAAGAAUAACUCCAGGAAGUUAAAGGCCGCGUACAUCGUGAACCGAAAUUUGAAGGAUAGAGAGAACCUCGUAAUCGUGACGUCCAUACUGAACGUCAUAAAGUGGAAGAGUCUCUUCGGAAGCUUCGACAAUGUGACUGUGUAUCUGAAUGAGGAGAGCAUUCUUGACAACAAGAUAGAGACUCAGGAGAAGAAUUUAAUCAUCUGUGUCGACUUCUUACCGAAGAUUCUGCACGUCGCCUGUCAUGCGAUCAUCCUUGACAUGUCUCACUUCAAUUUGCUCAAUAAGAUUAGUAUUCUGAAUGACCUUCGUUAUUUGGGCUUUUCCAAAAGGAUAAUCAUAUUGAAUAACGUGUUGGCUGAGAAUUGGAACCUGUUGUCGUCUCUUUUUUUUCUUAACAGUGCCCUUUUCGGCAGUACCAUCGUUUCGAGGAUCCAGCUGAGUCAGAGUCAGGAGGAUAGGAGUGCGUUGACUGACUUGAUGCGGAGCUUCGUUGGGCACUUCUGCGUCAUGAAUAAGGAGGGGGUCGACCCGCAGAGUGGUGAUCGAAGCGGUGUUAGAAGUGAUAAUCAGCGCGAUGAAGUGACUGCCGAAGAAGUCCCCAGGUCACGGAACAGACGAUGCUUCCUCAUAACCUACAUGAGCGGCAUACAGAAGUUCAUUUACGAUAACGUGAGUGACGAGGACAAGUGGGACGCCUCCGUCCAUCCCUUGCUGCUCCUCGACGAAAACAACUUCUUUCUGAAAGAUUUUAACAUUUCGGAAAAAUUUGAUUUGUUGAAAAACAUCCUCAAGAAGUUUCACAUGCUGAAGAAGCGGAUCCUUCUCUGCUACUCUGGGAAGGACAAAUUAGAGAAAUUAAUUAAGAUCCUACUGUAUGUGCAUUUGCUGAACGAUGCUUCUAGUGUGUCUUCCUUCGACGUCGAAAGGGAGAAGGACUCUCUAAACGUACAGCAGUACGACGUGGCAGUGGUAGUAAACAACCACAUAGAAUACUUAACGUAUUUUGAAAAUCGGCACAUUGCAUGCUAUCUGCUCAUUUCGGCGUUCACUAAAGAGGAGGAAGGGAUAUUGGACACCUUUAAGGAUAAGAAGGAGAUUCAUUUUUACAAGAAGAAGAAGGAAGAGUUAAUGCGAUCGCGUAAAUCAUGCAGAGAUGGCAUAUACAGAUACUACAUCAACAAUAUGAUUUCAGAGAAUGACGAGCAGUUCUUGCUGUUUAGCAUUAUAGACCAGAAGGAGAAGGUCUACUGCAACACCCCCUAUGACGAGGUGGUGCUUCCUACUUGCUUCGUCUCGACGCUGGCUCAUUGUGAGGCGGCCGUUGGUUACUCGGAGCAUUGGCAGGACAUAAAGAACGCCCACAGCUUCUGGAAUUUUAACAACUUCAAUCCAGACAAAGUCAUCUUCUACCUGGACCGGAAGAACACCGUGUAUGAUAAGUACCAGAAUGUGGUAUGCCCCAUGUCCGAGGAGUACAUAGCCCCCCCCCAGAUCUACUACUACCUGACGAACCCGAUGAACGAGAAGAACACCUUCAACAACUGCCUCUCCUUGGCGAUCGACGAAAUUAUAAAGGAGCUGAAUCGCAAGAAGGAACUGGACGAGUUUGACGAGAUGAAGAAGCGGACUCUACUGAACAUUAAGGAGAAGACAAGCAAGAAAUAUUUUUCGUCCAUCCGGAAGGUGGAGAAGAUUCUGUCCGAGUUUUUAAAGGAGAACAAGAAGAAAUCCUUCGAGCGCUUUUUGAAGGGCUGCGAGAGCUACGGACAAGUGAUCACCAAGUGCAAGGAGAAGCUAUUCGUCACCUUCAACAAAACAUACAACAUUCACUUUAAGUACUUUGAAGAUUUCUGGCUUGACGAGGAGAAGAAGCGAAAGGAGAAGUGGAGGAAAUUAUGGGAUCUGCACGAGGCCAAGGGGAAGGAAGACAACAACAGGAGCGGCAGCGGCGGCAACAACAACGACAAUAACAACCGCAAUAGCAACUGCAGUAGCGGCGGUUCAUUGGGGGAGAAUAACCCUGGUAAUGGCGCCCGUGCAAGUGGCAGCAUCGAGGAGGCUAACCUCAUCAACAUCAACAACGUCUUUAACACCACCGUGAGAGAAAAAAAUGACUCCAAUGACAGCUCCCACACAAACGACGCCUUUGCCAACAGCGACACAAGCAAGAACGAGUUAAAUUUUCUUGAGAAGAAAAACUUCCGAAUUAGACUCUCAUCGAAAUUGUUUGAUGAAAAGGAAUUCGACCAGCUGUUUGUGAACAGGAAAAAGAUAUGUCUGACUAAUGGCGACAGCAAGAAGGAAGAUAACAACUCCUGCUCACUGGAGGAGAAGAAGGAGAAGGAGAAAGACAAGAAGACCUGCUUGUACAUCGAACGGAAGGAGGGUGAUGAGCCUUGCCAAGUGUAG